CCACCCAUGCGUAAUACUAUAUCUAUUUAAGGUAAUCCCUUAUUUUAGGGAUUAGGCCUACCAUAUUUAUAUAAUAAAAUAAAGUUAUUGUAGAGUAAGAGUAGUAUGUGUAGGCCUACUGUACUGUAGUAUUAGUAGAGUAUACUCAGUAUAGUCUAGUACUUACUAGUGUGUACUUUUUCAAACUUUUUGGCAUUGACAUUUAGUUGAUUUAGUGUUAGUGUUAGUAGAGAAGUGGUUAGUAAGUGAUAAAAUGUGUAACGUAAAGAAUAAAGGGUAGGGCUCAAUAGUUUUUUUUUUUUUUUUUUAAAUUAUUUAUAUUUAUUAUUGUCUAAAUUUAUCAAUAACAAUAACAAUGAAAAUGUAUUAAAUUAAUCCAACUUUAAGGUGUCAGUCAGUCAUGUCAUUGAUGGCAAUAUGUCAAUAGUAUAGGCCUAUUCAAUAUAAAUUUUAAUGUUCAUGUAUAGGGCUCAAUAGUUUUUUUUUUUUUUUUUUAAAUUAUUUAUAUUUAUUAUUGUCUAAAUUUAUCAAUAACAAUAACAAUGAACAUGUAUUAAAUUAAUCCAACUUUAAGGUGUCAGUCAGUCAUGUCAUUGAUGGCAAUAUGUCAAUAGUAUAGGCCUAUUCAAUAUAAAUUUUAAUGUUCAUGUCAUAGCCUGACAAUGAGAAUGUCUGUGGUGUGGUGUUUGAGUGCAUGAUGAUUAUGGCCAUAGUUUUUAUGGACUAGCACAUUUCAAUCACAAGUGAGUAGUGUCUACUUGUUUUAGUUUAUAUUAUAUAUUAUUUGUGCGAUAGUAAGGACUAUACUAUAGAAGUAGUCUAUCUGUAGAUAGGGUUUGGAGCCAGGAGAUUAGAUUUAAUUUGUAUGCCGCCCUUCAACUCUGGAACUCUUUAUUAUUAUUAUUCACCAAGCCAAUAACAUUAAAAUGCCACCAAAGCCCACUUAAUAGUCUGGCACCCCAACAUUUCUGUCCCCACCACCACACCCUCGCUACACCAAGGUCAAAUAAAAUGGUUUAAGUUUAGUCUUUUAGUACUACUACUACUACUAGCCUAGUACACUAGACAACUUUCUAGUAAAACUCUAUAGUCCAUAGUCUAUACUAAAGGGAUUAGACAGAGUAGUAGUACACUCAGUCAUCGUGUAAUAUCCAUUUAGCAAAUUUAAUUAUUUUUAUAAUUAUUAUAUUAUUAAUUAUUAUGAUGAAAUAUUUAUAAUUAUUAAGAUUUGUUAAAGGGUAGGGUAUACAAUAAAUUGUACGGUUGAUUGACAAGUGGUAGGCCUAUUUACUGUUACUAUUAGUCCAAGUCCUAAAUUUUUCAUUUACAAAUUAAUUUUUUUUGUAAUAAUUCAAAUUAAUCUUUCAGAACCAUUUUUUCCUAAUGAAUCAAAGGGAAAUGUGAUAUAAAGAAAUACAAGUUUUAGAAGUUUUUAAAAAGAAUGGCAUAUUUCACACGCUCCAAGUCAAGCGAGGUAAAAAGAUAUUCUAUAACAAAUUAAAAAAAAAAAAUCUCUACUCUACAUUUUUCUUAGCAUUUUUAUAUUUGAAGUUUCUUGUCUAAGGCUUGCUAUAACACAUUCAAAUUUCCCGGAACAUUUCAAAUCAUUGUUUAACUGUGAGUACACAUUGUAAAAAUUUCUCCCACUCUUCCCGUUUGUAUAAUUAUUCAUUGACAAUAAAACCCAACAGAAUUUUUGAAUCUGAUGACUGAUGCAGUUUAAAAAGAUUAUUCUCAAGAGAUUAUCCCUAUAGUUUAUCACAAUCAUGUGACAAGCAUGAAAUAAAUGUGUUGAUUAGAGUUAUAAGUUAGCAUAUAGUUUCAUAGAUUCAGUGUUAGAAUAUGUAAGCAUAUAAUUUCAUAAAUAUAUUCAAUGCUAGAAUGAUAUGUUAGCAGAGAUUUAGUGUUUGAAUUCUAUGUUAGCAUAGAUUUAGAAUGAUAUGUUAUCAUAUAAUUUCAUAGAUUCACUGUUAGAUUUUAGUGGUAGCAUAUUAUAGUUUCAUAGAUUCAGAUUGUCCACUAGUUGUGAUUUCAUCAUAUAUGAAUGUAUACUUUAUAAAAAAUUAGGAACCCUAUUUUCAAGUUAUAUUGAUAUAAGGUAACAUAGAUGUUAAUUUCACUUGUUUUUUUUCUACCUUUUGGUUUUGAGAGACCUAAAAACUUCCAAGAAUCUUAAAGCAUCUUAGAGGACGGCAGCUCAUCCAUGUUUCCUCAAGGCAACAUUCAGUCAUGAGCAGAAAUCAAAGAGGUGCAACUAGGUAUGAAUGUUAUCUUCUUUUGGGGCUGGGGUUAUCCUUGCAUGUCAUACCAAUCCUCUUGAUUUCAAAUCUGGGUUUAAUUGAUAUCAUGCAAUUUUCUCCCCCACUCCCCUGAGAUUUUAGUCCUUAUUUCUUUUUUUAAGACUUUUUCUCUACUUGCAUUUCCAUCUUGUGGGUGUGUUGAUGGAGCGUUAUUAUUUUUAUUUACACAUGGGACAUUUUAAGAUUUCUCAUUCAGUGUUCACCUGGUGAAUGGCUAAAUAAGAGAGGGGGGUUGACACUGUCGCUCAAAUUAUCUUGGUUAACUGUGUCUGCUUCAUUGAGUGAGUGGAUGAGCUCAAAUCUACUUUUUAGUUUUAUGCAUUGGUAAAGCAUUAAGUAACUUUAACAGAGAUUUUGUGAGCAUUUGAUGUUUAAAAAAGUAAAUAAUUAAUUCUACUUUUGUCAAUAAUUUAAAGAUUACAAUUUUAAUACUAAGAAGUAGAAAAUAAAAAAAAACCUCUAAAAAAAGACUUUGUCAUAAAAACUAGUCGAGUUAAAAAAACCACUUGAAUGAUUCAAAAUUUCUUAAAAUGCAUCCCGCAAGGAAAGUCUACUUUUCUACUUUUUAAUAUUAAAAUUGUAAUCUUUAAAUUAUCGACAUUGUGCUCUGUAUUCUUAUUUUUAUUUGUAAUAUAUAAGUUACGAUCCAUGUUUUUUAAAUUAUAUAAGUUACUUAGAGCAGUUUUUAUUUAAUAAUUUUAGUUAUCUUAUGCUGUCUUAGCAUUCGCACAACAUGUCCUGCUCAUGCUGUCUUAGCAUUCGCACAACAUGUCCUGCUCAUCCAGCUGGUCCUCUUUGUUAUACACCUGUGGAUGCCGAUAAAGCUGUUGUAGGACUUGUUGAUCAGAGACUCUGUCCUGUCACCAAAUGCUGGAGAUGCUGAUAAAGCUGUUGUCGGACUUCUUGAUCAGAGACUCUGUCCAGCCACCAUAUCCUGGAGAUGCUGAUAAAGCCAGCCUGUUGUAGGACUUCUUGAUCAGAGACUCUGUCCAGCCACCAUAUGCUGGAGAUGCUGAUAAAGCUGUUGUCGGACUUCUUGAUCAGAGACUCUGUCCUGCCACCAUAUGCUGGAGAUGGUUUAGUUGUCUAGCAUGCCUGCUGUACACUGUCCAUGUCUCGCUGGCAUAUAGAAAAUUGCCCUAUAUCAUCUAUAUGUUGGAUUAGAUAAGCAGAUAAGUUAAAUCAGUUUUACAUUAUUAGAUUUAGUUCUCUAAGAUAAUUUUUAGAAAAAUUUGUUUUUUUCCUUUCCUCAGGUCAUCCUCAUCAGUCCACCACCAGGGAACAAGAAUUCGAGAAGAAUCUCACAACAAUCCUAGUUUUCAAAACAGAGAAUGGCAAGAAAAUGGGGUGCAGAGGCAAUAUAUGAGAGGGUCUGGGGGUCCUGGCAGGAGGAGAGGGUCUGGGGCUCCUAGAACUGGAAGAGGGAAUGGAUUCACGGGUUACAUUGAUAGAAAUGAGAGGAGUGAUGAAAAAAGACUGAGAGCAUGGCAAGAGCAGAGGAAAAGAAGAGAGAAUGAGGAAAAGAGGUUGGCACCUGUGUUUUUGGAACGAUUGAAGAUCUGGGCUGGAACCGAGGAUGCAGGUCAGCUGAUCCUAUCCAUGUUGACAGAGCGCCAGCAGCUGGAGCAGUUUCUAAAGCAGAGGGAGAUGGAUGCAGAGUGUUUCAGCCUGCUGCUGAAAGCUGCGGCCUGUGCAAUCACAGCUCAAUAUCAGAAGGAAUCCGUAAAACAGCUGCUUGAGGUUUUGUGCAAGGCAGAAUUUCUGGAUCGCCACCUGACCAAGUACACAACAGAUAAGCAAAACCACGGCCCGCCCUGGGUGGAUGGCUCAGAUUUUUUCACAUCUGUUCUCAGCAUAAUGAAACAAAUGCUUGACAAGCUUCCUAGAUUUGCUUACAAAUGUGUUAUCAUUACAACAAAACUGAUAGAUUUGGCCAGUAGGGACAUCACCGAGAGCUUGAAUAAAGAC